AUGGACCUUGACAACAUCGAGGAAUACGACGGGACACAUGACUUUGGAACAAAUAGUUUCAGCGUCUUUGACAGUUUCCAUUCCGAUACCGAGAUGUCAUUUGAGGUAGACCCAGGGGUUUAUCCUCCCUCAGACAAGCCCAUUCAUGAUGAAGACAUGAUAGAUGCCGACGUCGAAGACGAGUAUAUGGCCAGAGAAAUGGAAAAGAUCAAGUCUGGCCCAAAACCUUCUCUCGUCUGCUCUAACCUCAGCGGAUCCUCCUACGAGAUUCUGGUUCACAAGAGGGUCAACCAUAGCUUCGCCAUUCCCAACGCGAAGUGUCUUGACAUCGACCCUUCCAUUCUGAGUCAGUAUAUUCAUCACGUACAGCCCAAGUCCAACUCAGAAAUCAUCGAGCAGGACUUGGAUGACUCCACAGGGCUUCAAUUAGCCGCGUGCAAGUUCCUCGGUCACAGACGCCCAGACAUGUCCUCUGCCCGUGGUGCAAGUGAGGAAAGCCGAAUCUAUCACAAGGCCGUGCGUGUGAAGAGGGGGUCACGUUAUCAGUCCCAUAUUACAAGCAUGAAAGUCAUGCAGAAAGAGCUCGGCUCGGAGUUCUUGUAUAAUACCAUCUUGAAGAUGAGUGAGAACGAAGAACUGGGAUUAGAUGGGUUUUCACGGAUAAAGCUGAAGCAAGAAAUGGGUAUAGCCAAUUGGCAUAGACGACACCAAGGUUGA